AUGUCUUCAAAAAAGCGAUGCGGUGUUUUGGGAGCGACUGGGGCGGUGGGGACACGAUUCGUUCUCCUUCUUGCUCAACACCCGCUGCUGGAACUCGUGGCUGUAGGAGCUUCCGACAAGUCGGCCGAUAAGAGAUACUCGGACGUGGUGCGCUGGAAGCAGUCGGCGCCAAUCCCAGCACAAGUCGCGGACCUGGUCAUCCGACGCUGCGCACCAAGCGAGUUCCCAGAUUGCGACAUCAUCUUCUCGGGCCUCAAUGCUGAUGUGGCCGGCGAUGUCGAAAUGGCCUUCCUGAAGGCGAACUUUGCCGUCUUCUCAAACGCCAAAAACUACCGAUUGGCGCCCCAGGUGCCGCUGAUUGUCCCGGUGGUCAACGCGGGACACAUCGAGUCGAUCCCGACACAGCGUCGGCACUACCAGCUGGACAAAGGUUUCCUUGUGUGCAAUUCCAACUGUGCCGUCAUCGGCCUCGUCAUCCCGGCCGCACCGCUUAUCCAAAAGUUCGGGCCUAUCGACCAAGUGAGCAUGGUGACCAUGCAGGCGGUGUCAGGAGCAGGCUAUCCUGGCGUCAGUAGUAUGGACAUCCUCAACAACAUCGUUCCCUAUAUUCCAGGAGAGGAGGUCAAGGUUCCCGCUGAAGCUCGCAAGAUCUUAGGCAGCUUGAAUGCGGACCUGACUGGAUUCGUCGAUCAACCUCUCCGUGUCUCCGUCGCCUGCAACCGCGUCCCGGUGCUUGACGGCCACACGGUGUGUGUGUCGUUACGAUUCGCAAACCGACCUCCGCCGAGCGUGAGCCAGGUCCGUGACGCCAUGAGAGAGUACACCUCGGAGGUGCAACGUCUAGGGUGUCCUUCGGCUCCACAACGCGCCAUCAUCGUUUUAGACGAGGCCGAUCGACCGCAGCCUCGCCUGGAUAUAGACUCGGAGAGAGGAUACGCCUGCAGCGUCGGGAGACUCAGGGAGGACCCAAGUGGCAUCUUCGACAUCCAGUUCGUGGCCCUGAGUCACAACACGGUUCUCGGGGCGGCCGGGUCAUCCAUUUUGAACGCGGAGAGUGCAAUUCUGAAAGGCUACGUCUAG